UUUCCCUUUUCUUUGGUACAAGCUUCCUUUUCGUUUUCAAACUUUGCGAUUAUUGCGGGCAAGCGUGACAGUGAAAUCAGAACGGUCAGAUGUACGGAAAGAGGUGUUGUUACGGCUGACCGUAAAUUGAGUGUCUCAAAGGGUAAAAGGAGUAAAUUAAACACCUGCUCACAUACAGUCUCUCUUUUUCCCCCCAAAGCGGCGGGAAUUGAAGGCCCAGUCAGUUUCUCUCUCUAUGGGAAUGGCGGCCGAAGCUGAACAGCAGAAGGAGGAAUUGGUGGGCAUACCAGUUGGUGAAGAAGAUGACGAGCAUGAUUCUAAGGAGGCGGUGCUUCAGAAAUACUUCCUCCUAGAAUGGAAGCUAGUAAAGUCGCUGUUAGACGACAUAGUUUCCAAUGGAUGCGUCUCCGAUCCCUCUGUUGCCCACAAGAUCCGAUCCAUUAUGGACAAAUAUCAAGAACAAGGCCAACUGCUAGAGCCUUACCUGGAGAGCAUAAUUUCCCCACUGAUGCUUAUUGUCCGAUCUAAAAUAAUUGAACUGGGUGUGGCUUCGAACAAAAUUCUUGAAGUAAUCAAGCCAAUAUGUAUCAUAAUUUAUUCUCUGGUUACAGUUUGUGGAUACAAGGCUGUAGUCAGGUUCUUUCCGCAUCAAGUUUCUGACUUGGAACUCGCUGUAUCUCUCUUGGAAAAGUGCCAUUACACAAAUUCUGUGUCGUCACUGAGGCAGGAAAGUACAGGAGAAAUGGAGGCUAAAUGUGUGGUUCUUUUGUGGCUUUCCAUACUUGUCUUGGUUCCGUUUGAUAUCUCAACUAUUGAUACUAGUAUUGCAAGCAUUACAAGUUUUGGUGAACAUGAGCCAGUUCCUUUGGUAUCGAAGAUAAUAGGGUUCUGUAAGGAUUACCUUUCAAGUGCAGGCCCUAUGCGCACAAUAGCUGCUUUACUGCUCUCAAGGCUUCUAACUCGUCCAGAUAUGCCGAAGGCCUCUUCCAGCUUUGUUGAAUGGACAAAUGAAGUCCUAUCAUCUGUCACAGAUGAUGUCAUGAAUCAUUUCCGGGUACUUGGGGCUGCAGAAGCACUAGCUGCCAUUUUUAAGGCUGGUGGUCGGAAACUCUUGGUUGAUAUAGUUCCUAUCGUGUGGAAUAACACCUCCUUGUUGAUGAAAUCAAGCAAUGCAGCUCGUAGUCCUUUGCUUCGCAAGUAUCUGAUGAAGUUAACUCAGCGGAUUGGGUUUACUUGCCUACCUCAUCGCUCACCCUCCUGGCGCUAUGUGGGAAAGACCAGGUCACUAGGAGAGAACAUGUCUUCCUCUGCAUCAGGGAACCCCAAUCAAACCAAUUAUGAUUUAGAUGUUGAUAACUGCAACACAGAUAAAAGUUCAAGCUGCUUACAAGAUGAAGAUUUGGAUGUUCCGGAAAUUGUUGAAGAGAUCAUUGAGAUGUUACUUACUGGAUUGAAAGAUACGGACACUGUUGUGCGUUGGUCUGCUGCAAAAGGUAUAGGUCGUAUUACAUCACGUCUUACAUCUGCUCUUUCAGAAGAGGUCCUGUCAUCUGUCUUGGAGCUGUUUUCUCCUGGUGAGGGUGAUGGUUCAUGGCAUGGAGGUUGCUUAGCUUUGGCUGAAUUGGCACGUAGAGGAUUGCUAUUACCUAUCAGUCUUCCCAAAGUUGUACCUGUUGUUGUGAAGGCUCUCCAUUAUGAUGUUCGAAGAGGUCCUCAUAGUGUUGGAUCUCAUGUUCGUGAUGCUGCAGCUUAUGUUUGUUGGGCUUUUGGACGUGCAUAUCAUCAUGCAGAUAUAAGGAACAUAUUGGACCAGCUUGCUCCACACCUUUUAACGGUGGCCUGCUAUGACCGUGAGGUAAACUGUAGAAGAGCAGCAGCAGCUGCAUUUCAGGAGAAUGUUGGAAGGCAGGGGAGCUACCCACAUGGCAUUGACAUAGUGAAUGCGGCAGACUAUUUUUCUCUAUCUUCGAGAUUACAUUCCUACAUUCAUGUUGCUGUCUUUAUUGCUCAAUAUGAGGGUUAUCUUUAUCCAUUUGCGGAGGAGCUGAUGUAUAACAAAAUUUGUCACUGGGAUAAAGGCUUGCGAGAACUUGCCGCGGAGGCUCUUUCUGCUCUUGUCAAAUAUGAUCCUGAAUAUUUUGCAAACUUUGUCGUGGAUAAACUUAUUCCUUGUACACUCUCAUCUGAUUUAUGCAUGCGACACGGUGCAACAUUAGCUGUUGGGGAAGUUGUUUUCUCACUGCAUCAAUGUGGUUAUGCUCUUUCCUCUGAUAAAGAGAAACGUGUUGCUGGUGUUGUACCUGCCAUAGAGAAAGCACGCCUAUAUCGUGGAAAGGGUGGAGAGAUAAUGCGUUUAGCUGUUUCGCGAUUCAUUGAAUGCGUAUCUUUCUAUUGUUUACCAUUAACAGAAAAGAUAAAACGAAGUUUGCUUGAUACUCUUAAUGAGAAUUUGAGGCAUCCUAAUUCGCAGAUUCAGGAUGCUGCUGUUAAAGCUCUGAACCACUUUAUUCGAGCAUACCUAAUUGCUGCAGAUAUUGGAGGUACAAGUAAUAUUACAUCAAAGUACUUGGAAUUGUUGACCGAUGCAAAUGUUGCUGUAAGAAGAGGAUCAGCUUUGGCUAUAGGUGUUUUGCCAUAUGAGUUGUUGGCCACCAGGUGGAAGGAUGUGCUUUUGAAGCUUUGCAGCUCUUGUGCAAUUGAGGAUAAUCCAGAUGAUAGAGACGCUGAAGCUCGAGUAAAUGCUGUCAAAGGACUUGUAUCAGUAUGUGAAAUAUUAACUCAGGAUAAAACAAAUUCUGAUAUAACUUUGGGGGAGAAUGACAUAUCUUUAUUUCUUCUGAUCAAGAACGAAGUGAUGAUGUGUUUAUUAAAAGCUCUUGAUGACUAUUCUGUUGACAACAGAGGUGAUGUAGGUUCUUGGGUUCGUGAGGUUGCUAUGGAUGGCCUUGCGAGGUGUACUUAUAUUCUUUGUAAAAGAGAUUUCGUUGAUUACACUGGAAGAUCAUUUGAAGGUGAACCCAUGGUAGAGUUUCAUGACAGAGACAUGAUUGAGAAUAACCAAUUAUCUCCAUUUUUUGAUAAAAGCCUUGCUACUGAUAUAAUUGGGGGAAUUUGUAAGCAAGCUGUAGAGAAGAUGGAUAAACUGAGAGAAUCCGCUGCUAAGGUUCUUCGGAGGAUUUUAUAUAACAAGGUAGUUUUUAUCCCCCACAUACCUUACAGGAAAACGCUGGAAAAAAUUGUUCCGGAUGAAGAUGGCUUAAAAUGGGGGGUACCAAACUUCUCUUUUCCACGUUUUGUCAAAUUGCUUCAGUUCACUUGUUAUAGCAGAUUAGUGCUUUCUGGUCUGGUUAUCUCUAUUGGUGGGUUGCAAGAAUCUUUAAGGAAGGCAUCACUCUCAGCAUUGUUGGAAUAUCUUCAGGUUGCUGAAAUUGAACACGAGGAUGAAAGAAAGUCCAGAGAGCACAUGCUAUCUACUGAAAUGCUUUGGAUCCUCCAACAGUACAAAAGAUGUGACAGAGUCAUUAUCCCUACACUGAAGACAAUUGAGGUUCUUUUCAGUAAGAAGAUAUUCCUGGAUAUGGAGGUUAUUUCCCUUACCAAUUCUCAAACUCCAGUUUUCUGCGCUGGUGUAUUGGAUUCUCUGGCAGUUGAAUUAAAGGGCUCGAAAGACUUCUCAAAGUUAUAUGCAGGCAUUGCAAUUCUUGGAUAUAUUGCUUCCAUUUCAGACAGCCCCAUCAAUGCCCGGGCUUUUUCACAUCUUCUUAGUUUCUUAGGCCAUAAGUAUCCAAAGAUACGGAAAGCUGCUUCUGAACAAGUUUACCUUGUGCUCAUGCAAAAUGUGGAUCUUGUGGGUGAGGACAAGGUUGAGAAAGCUCUUGAAAUUAUAUCAGAAACAUGCUGGGAUGGUGACAUGGAAACAGUAAAGCUUCAAAAGUUAGAGCUGUGUGAAAUGGCUGGUCUGGACACGGAGCAACUUCGCAAGGCCAGUGGAGUGGUAUCGAAAGCUAAACAGACGAAGCCAACAGAUGCCGAUGAAAAUGCAUCGUAUUCCUCGUUAGUAGGAUCCACUGGGUUCUAGAGAACAGAGCAAGAAUGUGUUUCAAUACUUUAUUUAUUUAUUUUUUUGGUUAAUUAAUUAUAACAUUAAAGUUAAAAAAUGUAUUUUAUUAAUUUUAAAACUAAAAUCUAGUUCAUUCGUUUUUUUAAAUAGUAUCACAUUUUUAAAUCAAAUUAUAAAAAUGAAAAUUUUCAUUA